UAAUCCCCGUCGGUUCUCUAUUUGCCUGUGGAGCCCUAGCAGUCCUGAUCUCUCGCUCGCUCGCCCCGUACCAUCCACAUGGCUGAUCCACCUCUCAACCACUCCUGGCCGUCGUUCUCUUGGAUGAAACGGUGGUCCUUUAAAAGAGCUUCAGACAGUAAACCAUGCCCUCAGGUCCGUGUUCCUGUGUCGGCAACCAGUUCCUCUUCUUCUUUAUCUCCGGCCUCAAUUCCAGAAGACGUCUUCUUCAGGGGUGCUACUGAGGACCGGAGGCACUUCCUGUCUGAGAGCGACUGCAGCAGUGUGGAGGACCUGCUGCUGGAGCUCAGUCCUUUAAAAGAUUCGGAGUAUUUCAGAGAUCUGCAGCUCGGAUCUACGGUGUCCACCGACCCACCACAAACAGAACCUCCGGUUGCCAACACACCUGUUUGUGAUAAGGGUACAGCGGCACCUUUUCAGACCUCAUCAGAGAACAGAUCCCACCUGGAUUCCCAUCAACCGUUUCAGAUAGAUCACCCAGCAGCUUCUGCUGGAGAGGACACCAUGGACCGUUUGGUUGCUAUAAGAACCUCAGAGAUCAUGGAUUAUCCAGAAUCAGAAGAUGAGGAUUCAGACACAGAGAGCUUUCCAAUUUUGGUCCGAUCCAUGUCCACGUCUCGUAGACACAGUUCAGAUAUGCCACUGUCUCCGAUUGACCUGGGAAGAAGGUUCAGUCUAGACAAUACUGGCACUGACAGCGAUGGGGAACGAGAGGUCCGAUGUCUCGGCCAAAGUUCCCUUUUACCAUCUUCUUCCUUCUCUGAGAGUUCAGUCGAGGAGACUUCUGGUGCUAUUGAAAGUGAAAGCCCCAAAAUAGAAAAGCGGCCCGCAUCAGGGAAGACGGUGUAUUCCAGAUCCGAGAUCCUCGCCACGGAUGAAAAGUCUCAGGCUGACAAGGUCUCUCGCAUACUGGAAACUUCUCAGCAGGCUGCGAGAGAUGCCGGAGAGGAUGAGGAGUCAGAAGAAGCGCUACAAUCCGUGGAAGGACGAAGUCACGUGCUGAUGGUACAGAAAGUUCUACAAGAGCUUAAACAGUAUCACGGAACUUCAAGCACAGAAAGAAAAGAAUCGGGCGGAAGUGUCACGUGGUAUGAGUUUCUCUCCAAAGAAAACGAAGAUGAAGAGGAGGAACGACCAGAACGUUCGGAAAAAGGCACCAAAGUCAAGCGCACCCUCAGCUCUCUGAGGAACCGAAUGACCGGAUCCUUCAACAAAGACAAAGGUAAGACCCGUGAGAAAGAGCACCACAAAAACAGAGAGAAAGAGUUUCAACACUACGAGAAGGUGCGGCGUGUAAGCGUCAGCGGUCACCAGCUUGUGCCCGGCUCCUUUUCCAACUGGGCAACGUGUUCACUGUGCAGCAAAAGCCUUCAGAGAAAGCAUGGCCUGCAGUGUUUGAACUGUGCUGUGAAUGUCCAUAAGAGCUGUCGGACCCUGUUGCCGGAGUGUAGCAGUAAAUCAAAGACAAAGGAUUCAGUACAGAAGACAUCAACGUCUGCGGUUCAGUCGUAUAAUCAAGAUACUUCACUUGUUCCGAAUGAAAACGCGUUGUGGAAAGACGUUGGUAGGCUAGUGCUUUUUGUCCCUCUCUGCUAUUAUAGUUUAUCAGUAUGGCAGAACGACAUGGAAGCCUCCUUGGAUUUACCCGUUCAAUCAGCUCUGAGAGAGACCUGCUCCGCCCAGACGCCCGCGGCCGAUGGCUCAUCCCGAACGUCUCGGUGCGCUUCAGGUAUGACCGUUCCACCUAAAGGACACAGCGCCCAACCUGCCACCUCUAGCAACCCCACAGCCAGCCAGAACAGCAGCAACAGCGGCUCUGUCGCAGGAGAGAUGGACGAGGUCGACGCAUUCAGAAUGAAACGCCCGGCUGAGGACACAGUUUCUCUCGCCUCUUCAACGCCCGAAUCGCUUAUAGUCGAAGAUGCAUAUUACACCACUUUGCGAGGGGAGCUGGACGCUAUCAUGCAGGACUUCGAGGCGGAGUCUUGGAGUCUGGCCGUGGAUAACAACUUCUUAAAGACGCAGUCUAAGGAAAUGAUCAAGAUACAGGAUGUUAUAUAUGAGCUCAUCCAGACGGAGAUGCAUCACGUGAGGACGCUGAAGAUCAUGCAGCGCGUGUAUGCCCGAGAGAUGCGGGAGACCUUACAGAUGGAUGACAGGAGGUUGGACUGUCUGUUUCCUCAGCUAGACAACCUGCUGGAGCUGCACAGUCACUUCCUGUCCCGCCUCAGGGAGCGACGGGCAGAGUCCCUGCAGACGGGCAGCGAACACGACUAUGCUAUCCAGAAACUCUCAGAUAUCCUUAUAUCCCAGUUUUCCGGAGAGCUUGGAGAACGAAUGAAGGAAAGUUACGGUGAUUUCUGCAGUCGCCACACUGAAGCCGUAAACUAUUACAAAGAACAACUGCAGAGCAACAAGAAGUUCCAGAAUCUCAUGAGGAAAAUAAGCAAUUUGUCAAUCGUGAGGCGGUUGGGCGUUCCAGAAUGCAUCCUUCUGGUGACACAGCGAAUCACCAAGUAUCCGGUUCUUGUGGAGCGAAUCCUACACAACACAGAAGCAGGCACAGAGGAACAUGAAGGUCUGGCAGAAGCUCUCGGCCUGAUCAAGGACGUUAUCGUGCAUGUGGAUGGUCAAGUGAAUCUCUAUGAGAAGGAAUCUCGGCUCAGGGAGAUCUCCUCCAAGAUGGAGCCCAAGUCCCAUGGUAAAAUAAAGGACGGACGCGUUUUCCGUAAAGAGGAUCUGUGUCAGGGUCGCCGCAUGCUACUGUGUGAAGGCACGGUCUACUGGAAAGCCGCGUCCGGGCGACUCAAAGAUAUUCUCGCUCUACUGCUGACCGACGUUCUCGUCCUAUUGCAAGAGAAGGAUCAGAGAUACAUGUUUUCCACUGUGGAUAACAAGCCGUCCGUAAUCUCCUUGCAAAAGCUGAUCGUACGAGAAGUUGCUCACGAGGAGCGGGCCAUGUUCCUCAUCUGCGCCUCCUCCAACCGACCCGAGAUGUACGAGAUCCACACGGCAUCGAAAGAAGAACGCAACACCUGGAUCACAAACAUCAGGCAGGCCGUUGAGAGCUGUCCACACACAGAGGAGAGGCUGUUUAGUGAGGAAGAGGAGGCAAGGGUUGCCAGAUUUAGAGAGUUUCACGAGCGCCUGAUGUUAAAGGACGCCGAGAUCACUCAGAGCCUCGCAGAUAAACUGCAGUUGUUCGCAGAGCUGGCUGAAUCUGUGGCCGGCGUGGAGGACAUCCACACUCGCUCUCGCUUGCUGUUGCGAGGAGACACAUCAGAUCUCCAGCAGGGGGAGCAACUGCUCAAAGGAGCCAUCACUGAAGUGGAGAACCUUCAGAACCUCCUGGCAUCUGGUGUGAAAGAAACACCUCAGACUACCGGAAACCAGAGUCCUGGUUUAAGCAUGCUUCCUCGCAGAGCGGACACCUUCGGUGGAUACGACAGCGCUCCUGCAAUACUUCCCAAAAAUGGCAGUAUUAAGAAGAAGAAGGUCUCCAGAGCGUCAGCCAGAUCUAGGGAACGUGGCGAAUGGACCAGCUCAGACCCGCAGAUCAAAGAAAACCAAGCCUAUCAAAACCAAGAUGAGCCGGAUGAGACCUCCUUACCUGCCCCCCACCAAAAGCCCACCUUUAAAUUUCCUGAUACUGAGUUUUACGAGCGAGUCCUCCUGCUGUCUCAGGGACUUUACAGUCUACAGGCCAUCGUAUCUCAGCAAGACAGCCACAUCGAGCUCCAGCGGGCCUCGCUCCUCGCCGCCGAGCGGGAGCGCCCCGGCAGCCGUUGCCGCGGCACGGACGUCCUCCUCGAGCAAGAGAAGCAGAGGAACCUGGAGAAGCAUCGCGAGGAGAUGGCAAACUUCCAGCGCCUGCAGAGCCAGCACAGACAGGAGCAGAUGCGCUGGGAGCGGGAGCGCGAAAAGCAGAGGCGACAGGCCGAGGCGUCCGAGCUGAGGCUGAAGGAGAGAGAAGAGGAAUGCCAGAGACUGGAAGCUCGGCUGGCCGAGGAAAGGCAGGAGCUGGAACGUCAAAAGCAGACGUAUCAGCAAGACCUGGAGCGGUUGCGGGAGUCGACGCGAGCCGUGGAGAAAGAAAGGGAGCGACUUGAAGAUCAGCGGAAGCUGAGGAAACACAACACGAUGCCGCCCGCGCUGUUCGCGCAAGAAGCCGGACAGUUUUCCUCAAGUUUCAACGGUGAGCUGUUGCUCGGUGGACCAGGGGACCAUCUUCCUCCGAAAUCGCUUUUGCGGUCCUCUCUUUCUGUGUCUCCCGCCGAUUACCCGGAUCGUCCCGAGAUCCACUCUCGUCGAGAGAGCUCCGGCAGCACCCUGACGACAAAGACAGAGGUUCCCAUCCACCUCAUCAGCACCACCAACCAGCUGCACAAGCAGGGCGGGGUCCAGCAGCAAAUUCCCACCAAACUCGCCGCCCUCAGCAAGGGCAAAGAGAAGAGCGGAAAGGGAAAGAGUUCACACCGCACAGAGAGUUUGGCCUCUAUCGACAUGAAGCAUACGCUGCCCAUCAAGCUGUCAGCAAGAGAUUCAGAAGGAAACCUAAAAGCACGACGCUCCGUUAGCCCCCAGCCGCAGCCCCCCCAACCACAACAGUCACACUCAGAUUCCCUCGGCUCUUCGGACGGCUGCGUGGACGCCCAGUCCGGCGUUCCCAAAACCCAGAACACCCAGCACACCCUCCCAUACACUGUGGGCGACAAGGCCGCCAAGGAAGACGUUAUCUUUUUCUGAGCAUGCUGGGAAAUUCUUAAGGACAUACGUUUUGGUCGUUUUAAUAAACGGGCCUGUCUUAAAAAAUAUUUUUACCUAAAGACAUUUUAGCUCAGUCUUAACUACUAACUUACUGAAGUUUGUAAAUAUGCCAGAAAGAAAAUCUGUUUUAGUACAAAAUGAUGCAAAAAAUGCUCACCGUACAGAAAACCAAAUGAGUGAACAUAAGGACUGUUUUACGGACGUCGCACCAUUGAACAGUUCUGUAGCACACGGACGAAAUGAAGAAUACGUGGACGAUUAUUGUGUUUGCGAGCAAUUUUGCACACAACAGUUUCAUGGUUAGUGCUGAUGUGAUCGCUCAAGAGUGUGUUGUUAUUGCGUUUAUGUUGGGUUUUGUCUAACGCCGUCAAAUUUAAGACCGUACAUCUGUUCAUAUUCGCACAAGGUUGUUUUGACCGCACACUGUUUAUGAAAUAGCUGGGUUUUAACGUACAUUUCUGGAUCGAAGAUUUCAUUCGGUUUUUAAUUUUAAAGGGAGCGUAGCUUGUCUAAAUUCAGCAUCGAAAAAUAUUUUAGAUGGUGAAUGAAACAUUCAUACCUUCAGUAUUUUAUCUGUUGAAAUGUUUGCGAAGAUAAAUUUGUUAAUCUCGCAACCACCAUCAGGAGAUUUCCAGGUUAUGUUUUACCCCAAAAUUGUAAAAAAUUAAAGAAAAUGAAGCCUUUAUAAGGCCGUUUUUAUCAUUAAACGAAUGAAAAAAUUAAUUUUUCUUAAUGUUAUCUUUUGUUUUGAUUUUUUUAGAUUCGCACAACCUGUUUCUUUUAAAAUAAGUGCCAACAAAAGCAUCUUGUUCAUUACGUUAUGUAAACGAUUUAUGGGCUGCUGAACCGGUUUGACUGUCUAUUUUCUGUUAGUAAGAAAAAUAAUAGUCAAACAUGUUUAGUAGCCCAUAACCCAGUUAGUUAUACAAUAAUGAAGAUAAUAAUCAGGCUUUUUAAACGAGGUUUAUUUAACUUACUUUCCCACACUUGUUAUUUCCGCAUUCAAGUAGCAUUCUUUUCUGUUUGUACGUUUUGCUUUACAGAUUUCCCUUUUUUAUCACUUACAUUCAGUACAUUCCUAAUGUAUUACCAUAAAUUCAUAUUACUUUACAUUACAGAGUAAUUCCACCAAAGAAUUGUACCUAAAACUCUCCAUUGUGUUCAAUCUUAACCCAUUCGCUAUAAGUAUGAAGUCACCAAAUCUGAAGUUUGUUUAUAAGCGACUGUGUGAUUUGUAAUGUAUAUGUUGUAUAUAUAGAAUUUCGUCCUAACCUAGAUGAGAUGUAGAUAUUGUGCAAGGAUGUCAUGGACCACUUGAAUUCGAGAUGGUAACGUUAUCAAAGUGUACAUUUUGUAUUAUGUAGGCACUUUUCUUUAAAAAAAAUCGUAAAAGUUAGCAGCUUCUCGUGGUUUUGCCUAGAAGGGAUACAGCAAACGCCGAGGUUUUGCAAGAUGUUGGGUUUGGGAUGAAAAUAGCGGUUCUGGUUAGAUGGGAUACAGCUAUGGCCUAAAUCCCGGUAGGAUUAAGAUAAAAAACGCUCAUACUGCAAGAUUUCUGCGUUUGCUGUAUGCCUUCUAGCCACAACCUUGCUUAUAAACGACCCACAGUGCAUUGCUUUCACAUCUUCACGGUUAUUGAUACGAUUUUCGUCCAUUAUUAUCUUCCUCAUGAUGCUUGAAGGUGCAAGUGAAGGGACUUAACUUUUCUUAUACUGUAGCAGAUCAGUUUUAUCCAGCAAAGCAUAAAUAAUGAGAUGUCGAUCACGUAUUCGUAAAGUCAAUUCACUGAAGCCAGCGACUAAAUGCUCACUUUUAUAGCUGCAGUGCACUUUACCUAAAAAUGUUUUCGUGUUUAAUUAUGUUCAAUGCUGUCUCAUUUGAACCGACCGGAGUACUUUGUGAUGGUACCUGUUUGGUGUCUGUGAUUUUUCUUUACCGUAGAGGCUUAUUUAAGUGUUGUAUUGUGCAAGUAUAUCUAAAAAAAUGAUGCAUUUUUCCAAUUACACUAGCCACUUUUGGAUACAAGCGAACAUUAAGGGGACCUCAAGUGUUAAAUGUGAUUCUGCUUGAUGUUUUGUGUCUUAAUAAUGAAGAUCUUAGCACGCAAGGCCGAUUGUGAUUUUCUACCACGAUGUUGUACUCGCUCCUAAAGGAAAAUAGAAAUAUUUGUGAACACUUAAAAGCGCUGCCUUUAGAGAUGUUUUAGUAAUAAAAUAUCUAGAAAAUUG